AUGAAACAUUUCAGUCGUCACUACAAAUUCCAUGUCCUCUCUGUCUUUUUCUCUCUCUCUCUCUGUCUCUCUCUCUCUGUCUGUCUGUCUUUUUCUCUGUCUGUCUGUCUGUCUCUCUGUCUUUGUCUGUCUGUCUGUCUGACUUUCUCUCUCUCUCUCUCUCUCUGUCCCUCUCCCGCAUUCUAUAAUGCACCAAAUUCUCUCUCUUUGUCUCUUUCCCCGCUCGGUUCUAGUUCUCUCUCUUUGUCUCUUUCCCCGCUCGGUUCUAGUUCUCUCUCUUUGUCUCUUUCCCCGCUCGGUUCUAGUUCUCUCUCUUUGUCUCUUUCCCCGCUCGUUCUCUCUCUUUGUCUCUUUCCCCGCUCGGUUCUAGUUCUCUCUCUUUGUCUCUUUCCCCGCUCGGUUCUAGUUCUCUCUCUUUGUCUCUUUCCCCGCUCGGUUCUAGUUCUCUCUCUUUGUCUCUUUUCCCCGCUCGGUUCUAGUUCUCUCUUUGUCUCUUUUCCCUGCUCGGUUCUAGUUCUCUCUCUUUGUCUCUUUUUCCCCGCUCGUUCUCUCUCUUUGUCUCUUUCCCCGCUCGGUUCUAGUUCUCUCUCUUUGUCUCUUUCCCCGCUCGGUUCUAGUUCUCUCUCUUUGUCUCUUUCCCCGCUCGGUUCUAGUUCUCUCUUUUGUCUCUUUCCCCGCUCGGUUCUAGUUCUCUCUCUUUGUCUCUUUCCCCCGCUCGGUUCUAGUUCUCUCUCUUUGUCUCUUUCCCCGCUCGGUUCUAGUUCUCUCUCUUUGUCUCUUUCCCCGCUCGGUUCUAGUUCUCUCUCAUUGUCUCUUUCCCCGCUCGGUUCUAGUUCUCUCUCUUUGUCUCUUUCCCCGCUCGGUUCUAGUUCUCUCUCUUUGUCUCUUUCCCCGCUCGAAAACCAUUUUUGUCUUCCAUCAUCUCUGUUUUUUUUUUUCUUUUCUCUUUUUUUAUCUCUCUCUCUAUUUUUUUUUCUCUCUCUUUUCUUCUCUUUAUCUCUCUCUCUUUUUUUUAUCUUUCUCUCUCUCUUUUUUUUAUAUCUUUCUCUUUUUUCUCUCUCUUUUUCUUCUUCUCUCUUUUAUCUUUUUCUAUCUCUUUAUAUCUCUCUUUUUUCUAUCUCUCUCUUUUUUUCUCUAUCUAUCUCUUUUUUUUCUCUCUCUCUCUUUCUCUGUUUUCUCUUUAUAUCUCUAUCUCUUUAUAUCUCUAUCUCUUUAUAUCUCUUUUAUCUCUAUCUUUUAUAUCUCUAUCUCUUUAUAUCUCUAUCUCUUUACAUCUAUCUUUAUAUCUAUCUCUGUUUUUCUCUCUUUAUCUAUCUAUCUCUAUAUCUAUCUCUUUAUAUCUCUUCUCUUUUAUAUAUCUCUCUCUUUUUAUAUCUCUUUAUAUCUUCUCUUUAUAUCUUUACAUCUCCAUCUCUUUAUAUCUUUCUCUAUCUCUUUAUAUUUAUAUCUUUCUCUCUUUAUAUCUUUCUCUUUAUAUCUCCAUCUCUUUAUAUCUCUUUAUAUAUUUAUCUCUUUUAUCUCUAUCUCUUUAUAUCUUUCUCUAUCUCUUCUCUAUAUAUCUCUUUCUCUAUCUCUUUAUAUCUCUCUUUCUCUUUUAUAUCUCUAUAUCUUUUAUAUCUCUAUCUCUCUCUUUUAUAUCUUCUCUAUCUCUUUAUAUCUUUCUCUUUCUUUUAUAUAUCUUUCUCUCUUUAUCUCUUUAUCUCUAUCUUUAUAUCUCUUCUCUUUAUAUCUUUAUAUCUUUCUCUUUUAUAUCUCUAUCUCUUUAUAUCUUUCUUUAUAUCUUUUUUAUAUCUUUCUCUCUUUAUAUCUUUCUCUCUUUAUAUCUUUCUCUCUUUAUAUCUUUCUCUCUUUAUAUCUUUCUCUCUUUAUAUCUUUCUCUCUUUAUAUCUUUCUCUCUUUAUAUCUUUCUCUCUUUAUAUCUAUCUUUUAUAUCUCUCUUUAUAUCUUUUUAUAUCUCUAUCUCUUUAUAUCUCUAUCUUUCUAUCUCUUUAUAUCUCUUUAUAUCUCUUCUCUUUUAUAUCUCUUUUUAUAUCUCUCUUUUAUAUCUCUAUCUCUUUAUUCUCUAUCUCUUUUUAUAUCUCUUCUCUUUAUAUCUCUAUCUCUUUAUAUCUUUAUAUCUUUCUUAUAUCUCUAUCUCUUUAUAUCUUUAUCUCUUUAUCUUUCUCUUUUAUCUCUAUCUCUUUAUAUAUAUCUCUAUCUCUUUAUAUCUCUAUCUAUAUCUCUCUUUAUAUCUCUAUCUCUUUAUAUCUCUAUCUCUUUAUCUCUAUCUCUUUAUCUCUAUCUCUAUCUCUUUAUAUCUCUUUAUCUCUCUUCUCUUUAUCUCUCUCUAUUUAUAUCUCUAUCUCUUUAUAUCUCUAUCUCUUUAUCUCUAUCUCUUUUAUCUAUCUCUUUAUAUCUCUAUCUCUUUAUAUCUCUAUCUCUUUAUAUCUCUAUCUCUUUAUAUCUCUAUCUCUUUAUAUCUCUAUCUCUUUAUAUCUCUAUCUCUUUAUAUCUCUAUCUCUUUAUAUCUCUAUCUCUUUCUAUCUCUCUCUUUCUAUAUCUCUAUCUCUUUAUAUCUCUAUCUCUAUCUCUUUAUAUCUCUCUGAUAUUUUGGUUUAUCUCUAUCUCUUUAUAUCUCUUUAUUUUUAUAUCACAUUCUAUGACUCUAUCUCUAUCUAUCUAUCUCUAUCUCUGACAAAAUCUAUCUCUUUUCUCACAAAAUUUAUAUUGGUAACCCUUUUUCGAUAA